AAAACUCAGGCCGAUAUCUUCAGUGACCUUGAGUAACCUUGUGUUUCUUUCGAGAAUACAGCUCGAGAGAUAACGGUUUGUUUGCGUCGGCCAUGAAUAAGCCUCUUCUUGGGAAUUUGUCUUUCACGAAAGGAGUCCGCCGCUUUCUGUAUGCAGUGACACCUAAAGAAGCCUCGUUUGCUAAACUUGAUGACGUACCGGACUAUCUGAACGAAGCUGUUCCUUUCUUCUUUGGAGCUAUAGCUUUAGAGUACAUAUUAGCUUUUCUGACCAGACUUCCACCAGCAAGGUUGAAUGAUGCAUUCAGUUCCAUUGCUGCAGGAACUUUGUCGCAGUUGUCCAAGAUAAUUAUACUGAGUGCUGAGCUUGCCCUUUAUGUAUUUAUUUAUGACAAUUUUAAUCUGAUUACAUUACCAUGGGAUUAUCCUGGAACAUGGUACUUUUGUUUUAUUGGAGUGGAUUUUAUCUACUACUGGUUUCACAGAGCUGCUCAUGAGAUCAACAUUAUGUGGGCAGCCCAUCAGGUGCAUCACAGUUCUGAGGAUUACAAUUUUACAACAGCUUUAAGGCAAUCUGUUGUGCAAAAUUACACCUCUGCGAUUUUUUACAUGCCUUUGGCCUUGGUGGUGCCUCCUUCGAUUUUCUUUGUGCAUAGUCAGUUCAAUAUGCUUUACCAAUUCUGGAUACACACAGAGAUAGUGCGCUCUCUUGGACCUCUUGAGUACAUUCUUAACACACCCAGUCAUCAUCGUGUACAUCAUGGGAGAAAUCCAUACUGUAUUGAUAAAAACUAUGGUGGAACAUUGAUUAUUUGGGACCGAAUAUUUGGAACAUUUCAAGCUGAAACAGAUGAAGAAAUAGCCUAUGGUCUGGUUCAUCCACUGGCCAGCUGGGAUCCCAUUUGGACUCAGCUUUGCCAUUUCUGUCAUAUUUGGAAAACAUUUUGGGAAACACCAGGACUUAAAGAUAAGCUGGCUGUACUGUUCAAAGGACCUGGAUGGACUCCAGGAAAGCCUCGUUUGGGUGAUCCUGCAGAUCUACCAGAGAUCGAAUAUCCUAUUCAGAGGUAUGACAGUUCAUUGUCAUACUGGGGAAACGUUUAUGUGCUUGUGCAUUUUGCUGUUACCAUUGUGGCAUAUCAAUUGCUAAUUGCAAGAAGGAUGUUGAUGAGCCAACUUCAUGUGCUAGGAGUUAUCUCAUAUUUCCUUUUCACAAUUUCAAGUGUUGGAGCUCUGUUUGAUAACAAGUGGUAUGCCCCUUACAUGGAGUUAUUCCGUUGUCUGUUGUUCCUCAUUGUUGACCUUGUGCUGUCUUCUCAAAACUUGGACACUGGAGUUCUUCCUACUGCUUACAUUGGUGUUAUUCGUGGAAUUUUCAUUGCGUCUGCGUUUCUCUGGAUAAUUGGUUCGUUGGUGAGCAAGAGCAAGUUAAAGAUCCAGUGAACCUAGAUAGCAUUCGCUCACGGGCUAAUUGUCGUGAUUACGAUUUCCAGCCAAUAGGAGGUUAUAAUAUCACCUGUUUGCUCAACAUCCUUAGAUCGUCAUGUCGGCAUAACAGGCUCCCAGAAAGUAGAUGACAGUGAACCCGAUUACACUCAUUAUUUAGGUUUUAUAUCUCACUCGGAGGUAUAAAAGAACUAACAUUAGAGACAUAUUUAUGUUUUACUACCGAAUUCGUAAUAGCAAAUGAUUUUCCACAUUCUCUACAAUACAUUACUUAACAUUUUAGCUCUGAGAAUGAGGUUUUAUUUAUCAAGCGAGAUUCCUUUGGUGAUUUUUUAAAUUUGUGUCAAUUCAAGUACAUCACGUCGGUUUUAUUGUUUUAUCUUCUCAUUACCUUCCUUCGUCAAAAUGUAUCGAUGUUGUAAGGAGAAAUUCAGUUUUGGCUGCUUUUGAGAUUGAAAAGGUUUACAGAUUUUACGAGAAAGCGUGACCAGUACUGGUACCG